AUGGAUUCAGACGCCCCGGCCAAACGCCCGAGGGCCCCUACAAUUACAGUUGACACAGCUGCUGUAGAUGCAACCCACUCACCCGAUUCCAUCAACGCAUCUCCUUCUCCUCUAGAUGACACAAACACCCUCGCCGUCCCAGCAUCAAAGUCACGCGCCGAAUCAUGGGCUUCUUCGUCUCCCUCGACCAAGAUAGGUACCGACCACGAACAAAUAUCUCGCGAUGUCGAAGCCCUGCGAAAAGGCGACCAGCAGGAAAUCCUCAAAGCUGACCCCGGUGAAGAGGCUCAGUUCAUUGUCGAGAACAACCCUUUCGCCUUCUCCCCAGGACAGCUUUCGAAACUCAUAAAUCCCAAGAAUUUGGCCGCCUUUGUUGCCCUUGGUGGACUACCGGGCCUGGAGAAGGGUUUGAGGACAGAUUCGAAAGCGGGAUUGAGUCCUGACGAGGGAAAGCUACAUAACGCAGUCUCUUUUGAAGAAGCGACUGCGACAAAGGAAGGAUUCAAGGCUUCGCCAACGCCAGAUGUGAUACCAUCGACAGAAGCUCACGAUGAGACCCACUCAACAGCCAAAGACGCUUUCCCCGAUCGCAAGCGAGUCUACGGCGCCAACCGUCUCCCGGAACCGAAAGCAAAGUCAUUCCUCCAACUCGCAUGGAUUGCUCUACAAGAUCACGUUCUUAUUCUUCUCUGUAUCGCCGCUGUGGUAUCUCUAGCUCUGGGUUUGUACCAGACCUUUGGCGCAACACAUCACGAGGGCGCCAAGGUCGAAUGGGUAGAAGGUGUCGCCAUUAUUGUAGCCAUCACCAUCGUCGUUGUUGUCGGCGCAGCAAACGAUUGGCAGAAGGAGCGACAGUUCCAGAAGCUCAACCAGAAGAAGGAAGACCGUAUCGUCAAGGUGACACGCGCCGGUAAACCCCAAAACAUUUCUAUCCAUGACGUUCUCGUCGGCGAUGUGAUGCUUCUGGAGCCCGGAGAUGUCAUCCCCGUCGAUGGUGUCUUUAUCUCUGGCCACAACCUUAGCUGCGACGAGUCUUCUGCCACUGGAGAGUCUGACCUGAUCAAGAAGGUCGGCGCCGACCAGGUUCUUCACGCUCUUCUCAACGAGCCUACACCACAGCUCAAGAAGCUUGACCCAUUCAUCGUCUCUGGCGCCAAGGUCCUCGAUGGUGUUGGAACGUUUCUUGUCACUGCUGUUGGUGAACAGUCAAGCUAUGGAAAGACGAUGAUGUCUCUUCGCGAUGAUCCAGGCCUGACACCUCUUCAGGCAAAGCUCAAUCUCCUCGCUGCAGGUUACAUUGCCAAACUUGGUAGCGCUGCUGGUCUUCUUCUGUUUGUGGUCCUCCUCAUCAUCUUCCUGGCUGGUCUUCCCAACAACGACGAUUCGGGUGAACAAAAGGGUCAAUCCUUCCUACAGAUCCUCAUUACCUCCAUCACUGUCAUUGUCGUCGCUGUCCCCGAAGGUCUUCCUCUCGCUGUAACGCUCUCUCUCGCCUUUGCGACCAAGAAGAUGACCCGCGAGAAUAACCUGGUGCGACAUCUUCAAUCAUGUGAGACUAUGGGCAACGCCACUGUUAUCUGCUCCGACAAGACCGGUACUUUGACCGAGAAUGUCAUGACUGUUGUCGCUGGUGCUUUGGGUCUUCGCGGCCGUUUCGCCUUUGGUGAUUCAUCUGUUGACAAAUCUGAGACCUCUUCACCGUCAACUCCCACCGUCGAAGGAACCGAGAAGAGCGAAACCAUCCCUCUGAACCAGUUUUCCGACAAGCUUGACCCCGAAUACAAGGAACUCUUGAAGACUGCCGUCACCGUCAACACAACCGCCUUUGAGUCUGACGAGGGCUUCGUCGGUACCAAGACUGAAACCGCUCUUCUCGACUGGGCUCGCCGCUACCUCGGUCUCGGACCUUUGGCUAUUGAGCGCUCAAACCACCCCAUCACGCAAAUGUUCCCCUUCAACUCCCAGCGCAAGUGCAUGGGUGCCGUCGUCCAGAUCCCCGGUCCUACAAAGGAUAAGCCCAAGCACCGUCUGUUCAUCAAGGGUGCUUCCGAGAUUGUCCUCGGCGAAUGUACCACCAUCCUUGGCGAUCCUACUCAAGGUCCUUCUACCGAGUCUCUGUCCGAUAGCCACAAGGACGGCGUCAAAUCUGUCAUCACCAGCUACGCGACGAACUCCCUUCGUACUAUUGGUCUUGCAUACCGCGACUUCGAAUCCUGGCCUCCUGUCCUGACUCUCCGCCCCGAAGAUGAAGCCAACACCGACAUCGACCUCACUGAUCUUGUCCACAACCUCACCUGGAUGGGUGUCGUUGGUAUUCAGGACCCUGUCCGAAAGGGUGUUCCCGAGGCCGUCAUCGAUUGUGGUAUCGCUUCCGUGAACGUCAAGAUGGUUACUGGAGACAACGUCGAAACAGCCCGCGCCAUCGCACUCAACUGUGGUAUCCUCACCGAGGCCAACAUGUCUGAACCCAAUGCUGUCAUGCAAGGAGCCGACUUCCGCAAGCUCACCGAAACAGAGCGCUCCACCGUCGUCAAGCAGCUUCGCGUUCUUGCUCGCUCCAGUCCUGAGGACAAGCGUAUCCUUGUCAAGGCUUUGCGCUCUUUGGGUGAGAUUGUCGCUGUCACUGGAGAUGGUACCAACGAUGCUCCCGCUCUUAAGGCUGCUGACGUCGGUUUCUCCAUGGGUAUCACUGGAACAGAAGUCGCCAAGGAAGCAUCUGACAUUAUCCUCAUGGACGACAACUUCUCAUCUAUUGUGGUUGCGCUUGGUUGGGGACGUGCUAUUAACGACUCCGUCAAGAAGUUCCUCCAGUUCCAGCUUACCGUCAACAUCACUGCCGUCGGUGUGACUUUUGUCUCUGCUGUCUCCGAUGACGAGCAAAAGUCCAUCCUCAACGCCGUUCAGCUCCUCUGGGUUAACCUCAUCAUGGAUACCUUUGCUGCCCUUGCUCUCGCUACGGACCCUCCCACUGGAAGUCUUCUCCACCGCAAACCUGAGUCGCGUACCGCCCCUCUCAUCACUACCACUAUGUGGAAGAUGAUCAUUGGUCAAUCGGUUUACCAGCUUAUUGUGUGCUUCGUUCUUUGGUUCGGUCGCGAUCCUAUCCUUGGUUACUCCGAGACUGAAGUUCGAUCGCUCAUCUUCAACAUCUUUGUCUUUAUGCAGAUCUUUAAGCUUGUGAACAGUCGACGUAUCGACAACAAGCUCAACAUCUUUGAGGGUCUCCACCGCAACCAUCUCUUCAUGCUCAUGAUGACAAUCAUGGCAGCUGGUCAGGUCAUCAUCAUCUUCUUUGGCGGUGAUGCCUUUGUCGUAACACGUCUUAACGGUGUCCAAUGGGGAAUCUCUCUCGUUCUCGGUUUUAUGUCCAUUCCCAUUGGUGUUCUCAUCCGUCUGUUCCCUGAUGAGUGGUUCGCCGCCAUGGUCAACGCCCUUGUCAAGCUCUGGCCUAGCUGGAUCCGCUUUUCGCGCAAGAAGAAGGACGAAUCUGAGGAGGAAGGCCAGCUUGCCACUGAGAAGCAGCUCGAGGGUUACGACAUGGACACUGCCCUCCUUGGCAUCCGCGAUGAUCUCGAGUUCCUGAAGCGUGUUCGCGGUGGACGCAUGACCGCUCUCAGCGACGCCAUGGAACGUUCCCGCGAGAAGAUGCGUGAGAAGAUGCGACGCAAGCGUUCCGAUUCUCGCCCACGAAGCAAGCUCCGCAGCCGCCGCGGUUCAUCACGAUCGUCCAACAGACCUCCCAUCUCACCCAUGAUGUCCGUCGUCGGUAUGCCCGGUAUCGUGGCUGCCAGUAUAGCAGGUCUUCAACCAGGACAAAUGGGCAACGGCAACGAUAACCCAGAUACGCGACAAGCGUAG